GCCAUUGAUUCAAUUUUCAGUUUUGGACGGACCGUGCCAUUUUUGGCUCCUCUGGAGGAGGAGUGUCAUGCUUGGAGUCCCUGCGGAGCUGGGCGCCAAUGCUGCCCAUCAAUCUUCGCCUGUAAUGACUUACUCCAACGUCAAUGACAAUGACAUGGACACUUGUUUUUUCGCCAAAGAGAAACGUUGAAUCUCGAGGAGAUAUCAGAGCUUCCUCCAAUGCUGGGGAGAGAGCACCGGCCUGUGGCCCAGACCUCACCGUGGCUGCACACCCCGGACACUCCAACCGACACGCCACGGAAUCUAAACGCAGAGAACAAACCUCAUCAGCUUUUGGUGAUGAAGUUUGGUGGCACAUCCGUUGGAGGGGGCGAGCAAUUACUACGGUGUGCUGGCAUAGUGCGGAAGGCACUUCCUGACAGACCCAUUGUCGUCGUGAGCGCCAUGGGGAAAACGACCAAUGCUCUUUUGAACGCUGCUAAAACUGCAGUGGAAACAGGAGAGGUUGACAUCACCGCGAUCAGGAGUACGCAUGAAUUAGCAAUGAAACAUCUGGGGAUUGACAUGCCUCCUACAAUGGUAGAGCUUUUAAAUGAGCUGGAGCGGCUGCUGAAUGGUGUAGCUCUCCUGAAGGAAAUCUCCACGCAGACACGUGACCGCAUCGUUUCGUUCGGCGAGCGGCUGAGUGUUCGCACCUUUGCAGCAGCCUUCAAUGUUGCAAAGAACAAGGAGGAAGCUGAAGCCCAAGCAGUUGAUGCUUGGCAGAUUGGCAUGAGAACUACAAGUGGGUCUGGUUCAGCUGACUCCGCCUUCUCCUCAGUGGAAAUCCUAGAAGAGAGCUUUAGUGCCAUAAUGCACCACUUGGGCCCUUUGAAGCAGAACUACUCUUAUGUCCCAAUCGUCACUGGAUAUAUUGCCAAGGACAGCAAAGGAAUUAUCACCACACUUGGCAGGGACGGCUCUGAUCUCACAGCAACGGUGAUCGGAGCCGCUGUCAAAGCGUCUGAAGUUCAGAUCUGGAAAGAUGUCAGUGGAGUCCAGACGACCGACCCACGUGUGAUCUCCAGCGCCAAACCUGUGAGAGUGCUCACUUUCGAAGAGGCUGCCGAGCUCUCAACUUUCGGGUCCAAAGUUGUGCACCCAGCCGCAGUGCUGCCAGCGUGGCAAGCAGGGGUGCCAAUGAGUGUCCGCAAUUCGAUGGCGCCAGAAGAUCCAGGCACCCGCAUUGUGCCGAAGCUCUCUAGCACUGAAACCAAAGAGCGGCGGGUCGCGGCCAUCAGCAGCAAAAGCAACAUCACGAUGAUUGUAAUCAAGAGCAGCAGAAUGCUUGGCCAGCAUGGUUUCUUGGCCCAUGUCUUCUCGGUCUUCAACAAAUAUGCUGCAUCCGUUGACGUGAUUGCCACGUCGGAGGUGACAGUGUCCUUGACACUUGAUGAAGGCUACAAGCAUGUGGACGUCCCUGCAAUCGAACGGGAGCUUCAAGAAGUGGCAAAGGUAUCCGUACUGCAUGAUGUGGCGAUGCUGACUCUCAUCGUCCCCAAAUCCGAUUCCGUGAGUGUCUUGAGAGAAGCCUUUACCGUCUUUGAGGAGCUGAAGAUACAGGUUGAGAUGGUCUCCCACGGCGCUUCCAAUGUGAACGUCACCUUUGUCCUCCCUGGAGAUCAACUGCUGACGGCCUCGAAGAAGCUUCACGAUGUGUUCUUCGGGCCCUGACCGGAGAAAA